CGCCCGCGCGGGCGGUUCCGGGGCGGCGGCGGCGGCGGCGCAUGGCGGCGCUUCCGCUGCGGGCGCGGCGGCACCAUGAACUACAUGCCCGGCACGGCCAGCCUGAUCCAGGACAUCGACAAGAAGCACCUGGUGCUGCUGCGGGACGGGCGGACGCUCAUCGGGUACCUGCGCAGCAUCGACCAGUUCGCAAACUUGGUGUUGCACCAGACUGUAGAGCGCAUCCACGUGGGCAAGAAGUAUGGGGACAUCCCCCGGGGCAUCUUCGUGGUGAGGGGCGAGAAUGUGGUGCUGCUGGGGGAAAUUGACCUGGAGAAGGAGAGCGACACGCCUCUGCAGCAGGUGUCCAUCGAGGAGAUCCUGGAGGAGCAGCGGGUGGAACAGCAGGCCAAGCAGGAGUCGGAGAAGCUGAAGGUGCAGGCGCUGAAGGAGAGGGGCCUCUCGGUGCCGCGGGCCGACACGCUGGAUGAGUACUGAGGUGCUGCCCUUUCCUGCAAGGAGCGAGGGCUGCUCCAGGACCUGCCUGGGCAGGGACAGACUGCCUUGGAAAGGCAGGUUUCAUUUUCAGAUUGUAUUUUCUGUGGUGCUGGUAACUGCACACAAAUCAUGCCCUUAGUCUCCUUCUGGAGAAGGAGAUGAGGAGGGCCCAGUGCACUGGGAGUGCAAGCAUUUGUGUUUGGGAGGCAAAUCACUGCUCCUUGGCUUUGUUUGCUUUUUCCUCCUCACGUGACUUUGGGUGAGAGUUUUCCUUGACAUGUAAAUAAAUCCUUGAACCUGACA